UUUAAGGUUUGAAAUGAAAUCACAUGAUGUAUUUGACGAGUUUCAACACUAAAAGAAAAUAUCGAAGUAAUCGUCCUGAUGAAAGAUAGAUGAUAACGGCAGUAGAUAUACAACUGCCGUCUGGCCUCCUCCAUACCUCGCCUUUAAACAGGAGUAUUGUUGUUGUAGUCUCCAUUUUCAAUUCAAUACCCACCCAAAAGGGUUUAAGUAAAUGUCAAUCCUUUGAUAACUCACUGAAUGAGCGAGUUAAGAAUGAAUGAUGUACUUGUUACUUCCGUUUCGUUGUCAUCAUAUUAUUAAAGUUAACACGCAUUUCUUUACUACUGCAACCCUCUCUUUGAAUCAAAGAUUUUUGUCUACUUUGAAUGCAGCACCCACUAAGCUCGAUGACGCCCUCCAACUGUUUGAUCAAAUGCUUCACAGAAAACCACGGCCUUGCAUCUCCGAAUUCAAUCAAUUAAUUACUGUUAUCGUAAAGAUGAAACAUUAUUCAACUGCACUUUCUCUUUAUAAUCAGUUAAAGUUGAUGGUUAUUGUUCGACUUGAUAUAUAUGCAAUGACCAUCUCCAUGAACUGCUAUUGCCGCCUUAAUCAAGUGAAUCAUGGUUUUGCUUUACUAGCCACCAUCUUCAAGCUAGGCCAUCCACCCAGUGUCCCCACUUACAACACUCUCUUAAAUGGCCUUGUUCUCGCUGAUCGGGUUUUUGAAGCUGUUGAGUUAUUCAAGAAACUUCUAAGAGAGAAUGUUUGUGAGCCUAAUGAGGUUAUGUAUGGAACCAUUAUUAAUGGCCUCUGUAAAGGAGGUCACACCACCAAAGCUGUUGACUUGCUCAAAUUUAUGGAAAACGGCUCGUGUAAGCCCAGGGUAGAACAUUAUAGCAUUAUCAUUGACAGUCUCUGCAAAGACAAAAUGGUGGAUCAGGCUUUACAACUCUUCACUAAUAUGGCAGAGAAGAAAAUCCCCGCUAAUGUUAUCACUUACAACACUCUGAUUCAUGGUCUAUGCAACUUUGGUCGAGAAAGUAAGGCUGCAAGAAUGUUGAUGGAUAUGGAGGUGAAAGGUAUCUCACCGGGGGUGGAUACCUUCAAUAUCUUGGUGAAUGCCUUUUGCAAACAAGGAUCCGUAAACGAUGCAAAGCUUGCUGUGCAGGCCAUGGUAAAAAGAGGUCUACGUCCAGAUGUAAUCACUUAUACUGCAUUGAUUGACGGAUACUGUUUACGUGGUGAAUUAGAUGAAGCACGAAAAGUUCUUGAUGGCAUGGUGGAAAAGGAUCUUGUGCCUAACAUCAUCACUUAUAACAGCCUUAUAAAUGGUUACAACAAGAAGAACAGAAUCUAUGAGUCCAUGCAUCUUUUUCAAGAAAUCAAAGACAAAGGUUUGAUUCCUAGUGUUGUGACUUACAAUAGUCUGUUACAAGGCUUGUUUCAAACGGGAAAUCCUGCAGCCGCAAAAAAGCUCUUUAAUGAGAUGAAAGCCAAGGGCCUCGAACCAACUAUACUUACUUACGGUAUCUUUAUAAACGGGAUGUGCAAAAACUCCCAGUGUUCAGAUGCAUUGGCUCUCUUCCGUUCACUGAAAAGUAGGGAAUUCUUGAAAGAUGUAGCUUUUUAUAAUAUCUUGAUUGAUGGUUUUAGCAGAUCUGGGCAGCCUAAUGUGUCAAUGGAUUUGUUUGAUGAACUUUCUUUGAAAGGAUUGAGACCAAAUGUCAAGACCUAUACCACAAUGAUAAGAGUGUUCUGCCUAGAAGGGUUAUUCGACAAAGCUAAGGCAUUGCUGUUGAAAAUGGAAGAAGAUGGUUGUUUGCCAAAUAGUGUCACAUACAAUGUUAUCAUUCAAGAGUUCUUGAAGAAAAACGAGGGUCAAGAGGCAGAGAGGCUUUUGGAACAGAUGAUCAACAGAGGUUUCUUGCCUGAUUCUACUACUUUUGAGAUGUUGCUACAGCUACUCCCAAAUGAAGGACAACCUUCUUCUCUGCGGACUAUGAUUCAGAGGCUAACAAGUGUUGAAAGAUAAAAUGGUUUCUCAGAAAAACGACAUAAUGUUAUUCCAGGUGGAAAGAGAGAAACAUGUGAUAAUUAUAGUUGAUGGUCUUCAGGUGUUAGUUUCCUUCAAUCUGCCUCUAUAUUACUAGGAUAUAGACUCUUGGUGUUGUCUCAAUACAUGGUAUACAUUAUACCUUCCCUUA